AUGAGGAAAAAUAUGCCAUUGGUUCAUUACUACACAUUUGAGAGUGCAGAGAAAAUGUUUUUGAAAGCUUUGCUUCUCUCCCUCCUCUUUCAGUUCUGCAGUUCCAGGGACACCAUUAGAGGGAAUGAAGACCAAUUGAGGGAUGUUGAUGGAGACUAUUUAGUGUCCAGAGAAAGGAAGUUUGAGUUGGGUUUCUUCGGCCCUGGAAAUUCUAGCAACCGGUACGUUGGAAUUUGGUAUUCUGAGACUAGAUUAUCUCAAAAAAUAGUGGUGUGGGUUGCAAACAGGAACAACCCCAUUAAUGAUAGCUCUGGUGUGCUCACAAUCAACAGGUAUGGAGAAUUUGUCCUUUAUGCUCAUAACAUGAAGAGCACGCUUUGGUUUACUAAUGUGACGCGGUCGGUCAAGAAUGUUAACACUAGCACUUUAUCAGCACAGCUUUUGGAUACAGGAAAUUUUGUUGUGUUCCAGGAUGAUAAUAAUGAUAUAUUUAUAUGGCAGAGUUUUGAUCAUCCUACAGAUACUCUACUUCCAGGUAUGAAACUUGGGGUGAAUUGGAAAACUGGGCUAGAAUGGGUUUUAACAUCUUGGAAGUCACAUGAUGACCCUGCAGCUGGGGAAUAUACACAUAGGCUCUAUCAAAAUCAGACUUCUUUCCCCCAAUUUUUUACAUAUAAAGGUUUGAGUAAGUAUUGGCGAAGCGCUCCAGGGCCCGCUGCUAGUUUGGUCAUUAAUCAAGAGGAAACUUAUUAUUUCAUGAAUAAAAUCAAUGGAAUUGCGAGAACAACUUUGAAUGGUUCUGAGUUACAGUUCCUUUUAUGGAGUGAUGGAGACCGUCAAUGGAAGCAAAGCUAUGCUGAACCGAAAUUACAGUGUGACUGGUACGGACAUUGUGGUGCCAACAGCAAAUGUUACCUUGACAAUAUCAGUCUGUUUGAGUGUGACUGUCUACCCGGUUUUGAACCAAAAUCUAUCAAUGAGUGGAACCAGAAUGAUGGGUCAGAUGGAUGUGUGAGUAAACGAAAGGAAGUUUCUAAGUGUGGGAAUGGAGAUGGGUUUGUGCAGGUGACAAGCGUUAAAUUUCCAGACACAUCAAUAGCAGCUCGACUGGAAGCACGUAUAAGUAAUGAAGUGUGUAGGCAGGAGUGCUUGGCAAAUUGUUCUUGCAAAGCAUAUAUGAGCCUUGAAAAUGAAGAGGGUGUUGUUGAUUGUUGGACAUGGUAUGAUGAUUUGAUGGAUAUUAUAGUGUACACAGAGGCUGGACGAGAUCUAUAUGUUCGUGUGGAUCAAAUGGAAUUAGCUGAGAGUGCUGGAAAAUCCAAAGGUUUCUUUAAAAGGAGUAUGCUUGCCAUUUCUAUAGUCUGUGCUCUGCUAGCAUUGGCACUGAUCAUUAUGUGUGCCUGUUGGUGGUGUAAGAAAAGAAGGAACACAACAGAAAUUGUGGAGGCAGAUGAACUUGAGGAAACUAAGAGGCACCCCGAAUUGCAAUUUUUCGAUUUGAACACACUAAUGGCAGCCACAGAUAACUUCUCUCCUGUUAAUGAACUCGGCCAAGGUGGUUUUGGCUCUGUUUAUAAGGGUCAGUUACCAAACGAGCAGAAGGUUGCUGUGAAAAGGUUGUCUAAAACAUCAGGACAAGGUACUGAAGAAUUCAAAAACGAAGUUGCACUUAUAGCAAGACUUCAACAUCGCAAUCUUGUAAAACUCUUGGGCUGUUGUAUAAAGGGGGAAGAACGGAUGUUAGUUCUAGAAUACAUGCCGAACAAAAGCUUGGACUCAUUUCUCUUUGAUCACACAAGACGGUCCUUCUUGGAUUGGGAAAAGCGCUUUGAAAUCAUCAACGGGAUUGCUCGUGGGAUCCUGUAUCUUCACCAAGACUCAAGAUUGAGGAUUAUCCAUAGAGAUCUAAAGACUAGCAAUGUUCUUUUAGAUGCUGAAAUGAACCCAAAAAUUUCUGAUUUUGGCAUGGCAAGAAUAUUUGACGGGGACCAAGUUCAGGAUAAAACCAAUCGAGUUGUUGGAACAUAUGGCUACAUGUCACCAGAGUAUGCAGUGUUUGGCAGAUUUUCUACUAAAUCGGAUGUUUUUAGUUUUGGGAUCGUUUUGUUAGAGGUUGUGAGUGGUAAACGAAACAAUAGUUUUUCUCAAGAGGAUCCUUCCAUGAACUUGAUCAGACAUGUUUGGAACCUGUGGAGAGAAGACAGAGUCUUAGAAAUUGUGGAUUCAAUUCUCGAGUCGUAUAAUUCUGAUGAGGUCAUGAGAUGCAUUCAAGUUGCGCUCUUGUGCGUGCAAGAAGAAUCAGAGGACCGGCCAGCCAUGUCUACCAUUGUUUUCAUGUUGAGCGGCGAAACAUCUCCUGCAUCUCCUAACCAGCCUGCAUAUGUCUUCAGAAAAAACUCCAUAACUGAUGCUGAUCCAUCAGUUGUACCAACACCAUUGAAUUUUGGAUCAUGGGUUUGGACUAGCAAUUUGGUAUAUCCACAAGAACCAUUGGAAACUGCUGGUAGCAAUGAUCUUAUAGCCAAAAUCACUGAAGAGGUAACAGAGAAACUGAAAGAGUCUUUCGAUAAGAAAUUGGAAGAUGCUAUUAAAAUGCUUCAAGCUCAAAUUGCCAAUAAUUUGGAUUGCACAACUGCACAGGGGGGAAGAAACACAAUUGCACAUGGACUGGUACCAGCUGAUGCAACAAGGGGCCAUGAGGCUAGGAGGGAGUCCAUAGGAGAGAGAGAUCCUGAGGCCACUGCCCAUUUUGAUUCAGCUUCUGAUGAUGUCAUUGGUCACCAUGAUCCUCCUGCAUGA